GUCCCUUCUAGCCCAUUGGUGUUGCAGUGCCUCAGCCUCACACACACUCCUCCUUAGGUGUUCCCUUCCUCUCUUGUGUUAGUCUUUCUUAUAUAACAUCCCGUGACCAUGCCGGAGACGGGAUCCUCAGCCCUCAAGGAUUUCAUAGCGGGAGGCGUUGGAGGGUCUUGCACGGUGAUCGUUGGGCAGCCGCUGGACACGAUCAAGGUCAGGUUGCAGACUCAGCCAGUGCCGCCCCCUGGACAGAAGCCUCACUACGCCGGCACGUGGGACUGUGCCCUGAAGACUGUCCGCAAUGAGGGCUUCUUCGGCCUAUACAAGGGUAUGGCUGCCCCCUUGGUGGGAGUCACACCUAUGUUUGCUGUCUGUUUCCUGGGCUUCGGCAUCGGCAAGAAGCUGCAGCAGACAUCGCCGGACCAGAAGCUGACGGCCGUGCAGCUCUUCAACGCUGGCAUGCUGUCGGGCGUGUUCACCACUGCCAUCAUGACCCCCGGCGAGAGGAUCAAGUGUCUGCUGCAGGUUCAAGCUGCCAGUUCCGGCCCCAAGCUGUACAAGGGGCCCAUUGAUGUAGUGAAGGUGCUCUACAAGGAGGGCGGCAUCCGUAGCAUCUACAAGGGCACCUGCGCCACACUCCUCAGAGACGUCCCUGCAUCAGGGAUGUACUUCAUGACCUAUGAGUGGCUGAAGCACGCUAUGGCCCCAGCUGGCAAGGAGGGAGAGCUCAGCCCUGUGCGCACUGUGGUGGCCGGCGGCUUCGCUGGGAUGCUCAACUGGCUGGUGGCUAUUGGCCCGGACGUCCUCAAGAGCCGCCUGCAGACAGCUCCCGAGGGCAAGUAUCCAAAUGGCAUACGCAGUGUGUUUGUGGACAUCAUGAAGAACGAGGGGCCUCGAGCCCUGUUCAAGGGAGCCGCCCCCGUAAUGAUCCGAGCCUUCCCUGCCAACGCUGCCUGUUUCCUAGGCUACGAAGUUGCUAUUAAGUUCCUGAAUUACAUCGCCCCCAACAUGUAAUUUAAGAACUAGUGAUAUUCGGACUUGUACAAAUAGUCUACAAUCAAGAAAGAAGUUAUCCAGUGAUAGAUUUUAAUGACAGUCACUGUGAUACCUGUUACUGUUAAUCUGUGAGUGUGCCAACUGUUUCUUGCUCGUUGGUCUGAGUUGGUUGUGGUGUAAGUAAGUGGCUGUGGCGGGAAGUACAGCAACAAAAGGAUGCUGAAGGGUGCACAAGAAGCAGUAAUCAUUCCAGUGGUGCUGCCAACUCUACUGUCCCUGAGGCAGCUGCUGUCACACAGUUAUAUUGCCUGGCGCUGGGUCAGAGGGUCAGGUGGAUAGCUUUGUGUCAUGACUUGCAUGAUGUUUCCCACUUGCCAUUUGAUGAGGGCCAAGAGAGAGUAACUUGAUGAUUGUAUUUCAAACUACAAGAUUUACUGAACAUCGUAUACCUACCUCAAAAUUAUCAAAGCUCAAUAUACUUGCUUGCUUAUACAUUUGAUGAAAUUAAAAUUGUUAAUUUCUUAAUGGUAAUAUUACAUUAUUAUAACAUCAUAUGUAAGGUUCAGUGCAUUUUUUGGCUUCAAUUUACACUCAGGGAAAGUCAAACUCACACUUUUCAUACCUUGGCCUGUAGUCUGUAGAAUCACUAAAGAGAUAAAUAUGAAAAAAAAAAACAAAAAAAAAACCCACCAAUUAAGAGCUUUAGUGAUGAGUCCCAAUGAACACGGGACUUGGCAUCCACCACAGGAUUUGUGUCGCACGUUUUUGUUGUCCCUGCGAGCACUGCCCAGCGUGAAACAUGUCCCUCCACCACAUGCCUUGCAGCUUAUUGCUCCCUCUUUUUAUUCAUUUAUUUUCUUGUUAGAUUCCUCCCUCACCUCCCUUCCAUGAGAAAUGUGAAUGAAAUCUUUCAGUGGCAGAUUACUACCUGUGGCUUCUGGCCUUGCAACCAUCUCUGAAUAGUGAGCACACACACAUAGUUGUUGAGUCUUUCUAAAGUAUUACUUCAACACCUUACAUUGCAAUUGUAUUUUAAAAACGCCUCAUGAUCUUGUCUCCAGUAUGGAAACUAAUCUUACGUCAUAGAAUUUCAUGAAUGACUUUAUAGCCUUUACUACUCAGCAACUUUGUAAGUCUCCCAGUGUGCUUGACCUGUUUGUUCUGUCAACACUGAAGGUAACAUGCAGGAAAAUUAAAUGUGACGACCUGAGUGAUGUUCCGGCUCUGUCAUCAGGUCGUGUGUAGGGGUAGGGGUUCAGGCUGCUGCAGACCAAGAAACAAAGAUGGGCACUAAGGGUGUAGCAUAACAUGGUGUAUAACCUCUCCCCUAACCUCACUGCAAUUAUUAUUUCCUACUUCAUGACUUGUGUUCAUAAAGUUAGCAAGAUUGCUCAUUACCCAAGGAAACUAGUUGGCAGAGCUCUUGUAAUAGCUCGUCUCAAUUUGUGAAUGGUCAUAAAAUCAUUGACCCAGUUGUUGUGCCUCGUUGGCCCUCCCUUUCCAGCCCUGCAUGCUCUCUGCCUUGCUCUUCCAUCUCUGUUGUUGUGCACGUACUCUGUAAAUACCCCGAGUACUUUACACUCAAGAAUAUCAAAUGGGAGAAUGAACAAUCAAGGUUUUUAUAUAUAUUCAUCAUCAGAGACACAGACAAGUGUUCUCUCCUUUCCACCUGUUUCUCUGUAAAUAUAAUUUGAUUUGAGUUUUAGAUAAGUUUCAUAGAUUCCCUUUGAGUUUUAGUAAAAUAAUUAUGCUCUGAUAGCAAAGUCAACAAUGCAAUUAGUUUAAGGUUUUUAUAAAUAAAAGUAGGUUGAUCACAUUUAUCAGAAAUGUGUUGUAAUGACUUCAACAUUGAAUAGUUUAGUGUAGUGUUGCUUUGGACGAGCUUGAUAACUUCAGCCAAAUGCAAGUUUUCCACCUAACAGUGUACAUACCAAGAAAGGUUUGGUUCAGCAGAAGAUUUUAGACAGUGUUUUAUCAAAGUUUAUGAUUUCCUCUGUAGUGUCGUGUUAGUUGCCACGUCCAGGUUGAAGGUGGCUCAGAGUGGUCACCUUAUAGCAUUGCAAUCAAGGUGCAGGAAGAGGAGUGGGUUUGAUUUGUUGCUUGGGCUCAGGUGUUGUCAAGACUUCACACACAGGCACUCACUCACACACACACACACACACACACACACACACACACACACACACACACACACACAUGAACACACACGGACACAGACACACACUAUAGGAGGAUAUGAGUGUUUUCUCUUGACUGUGAGUGCCUUCUGUAAUAACAUUUGAAGUUGUACAAGAUAGCAGUGAGUUGGUAGCAGCCAGAGGUUUACUUGACAUAUUGAACAGGAAGUGCAAUUUUAUUAUAAUAGGAUAAUUUAACUGUUCAGCAUUUUUGGACACAACAACUGAGGAAUGUUAUGUAGGAAUAAAAUAAAUUAUCUUGGACUGAAA